UCCGCAGGUCUCAUUUGGAUUGAAGGCUGUACUGCACGUCCACUGCUCACCACCCCUGAACUGGAUAAAAUACGUAGGAAGUAACUGCUAUUUGUGUUGACGGAGGCGAGGAGAGGAGAGGACGGCUAAACAUUAACAGAGUUGGAGUCCCUUUUUGAUCUAGAGACGUAGUUGCCUGGACGAAACCAACCAACCAAAAAUGUGGAUGAGUACAUUUUCACGUUUUGCCCUGCCCGUCCUGCAGAGGAGCACUUCUGCCAUGGCCUGCCAAGCUCUGAGGGCUUGCCGUAGACCGGCAAAGGCUGCAGGUCCGCUACCUUCUUGGCUGACUUCAGCGCAGCUUCGUGGCCAUCAGACACUGGGGUCAGCUUCCCUCCCACUGGCUCGCCACUCGGUGAGGCACGUCCGGGCUCUGGAUGAGGACAGACUAAUGGAGGUGGAGUGGGAGGAUGGAGGCCACAGUCUGUACCCAUUCACCUGGCUGAGAGACAACUGCCAGUGUCCGCUGUGCACCCUGGAGUCAGCUCAGGCCCGGAAGCUGUUGAUGUCCGAUCUUGAUGUCCACACAGGGGUCGAUGUCGUGGAGGUCACCAAUGACAACAAGGUGUCCAUUGUGUGGCCCGACCAGCACACCAGCGUGUUCGACGCAGAAUGGCUGAAGAAACGCUGUUUCUCUACUGCUGCCAGACAAGCAAUGCGAGAAGAGCUUUUCCUCAACGAGAGAUAUUAUUGGGACUCCAAGCUGCGCAUUCCCACAGCAGACUACCAGGAAGUCCUCCACGAUGACAAAGCCGCGCUGGCCUGGCUCUUGGCCCUGCGUCGCGUUGGCAUCGUGUACCUGAAGGGGGCUCCGGUAGAGCAAGGCCAAGUCGCCAGGCUCGCUCAGAGGAUUGGCUAUCUCAGGCUGACUUUCUACGGGCACACGUGGCAGGUCCAGGACAAAUACAUGGCUAACAAUGUAGCCUACACCUCAGGAAGGCUGAGCCUCCACACGGACUACCCUGCCUUACACUUUGCACCUGGAGUGCAGUUCCUGCACUGCAUCAACCAGGCCGUGGAAGGAGGGGAGAGCGAGGUGGUGGACGGCUUCCACAUGGCCGAGCAGCUGCGGAGAGAAGACCCGGAGGCCUUCCGGAUACUCUCCUCGCUCCACGUCGACUUCACCGACACGGGGAUGGACUACUGCGACUUCAUGCUGCAGUCCAAGAAAUGCAUCAUCGACUUGGAUGGUGAAGGCCGUGUGGUGAGGAUAAACUACAACAACGCCACCAGAGACUCCGUGCUGGACCUCCCCUUACAUCAGGUCCAGCCCUUCUACAGAGCACUGAAGGCGUACGUGGACAUCAUGAACCGAGCGGAGAACGUGGUCACCUACAGGAUGGAGCCAGGUGACAUAGUGACCUUCGAUAACUGGCGUCUGCUGCACGGGCGGAGGAGCUACAUCAGCAGGCCAGACAUGUUGCGACACCUGGAGGGCGCCUACCUGGACUGGGACGAAGUCAUGUCUCGCCUUCGGAUACUCCGCAGCUCGGUCAAUGAGGACGUGUGAGCUCCGUUAAAAAAAGUUUACAGUGUAGUUUACAGCCUUUGUCGAGGAUCUAAACGAUGUCGGGCGGGUGAAAAGUUAAAGUUAAGCUAAAAAAAAAAACGCUGAGACGACGGAGGAGAAAAAAAAUCCGACGAGGGGUCAAGAGCUACAUCUCUGACUCUGAAAUUGUCAAGCUUUAAAUCAUGGAAUUAUUAUUAUUAUUAUAUCAUACAAUGAUCGAGUUGGGAUGCUUUUGAUUGGUGACAGCAACUUCUCACGUAGCAGCCUUAGAGCAACGCUUCAAUGCAAAGAUACUUUUUUUUCUUGUAGUGUCAAGGAUGUUUUUAUAAGCUUAAACUUAUGUGGGUACCCACAUUAUGAUCAUGAUGCUGUCAGUGUGAAGUUCUCUAAGCUGAUUCAUCAUUCCCCGUUCUCACUAUUAAUAAUACAUUUACAGCCCACCAUGUUGUUUAAUGAGUCAGAAGUCUCUACUUAUGCUCAUUACAGUGUACAGUAAACUGUUCAUUACUGUAUGUAGGGAGUGAUUUCAGACUCAGCCCUGAUAGAAAUUCUACUACAAUACCACAGUGCUUUUACCUUUUUAAGGAUUUGAAAAUUCUUUAGAUAAACCACAUCAGAUUAUCUGAUACACGUAUCGUCACGUCCUGUUUAUCUUAGUGAAUAAAAGUCGUCGUUCUUUGAGGACGUUUGCGCCGUUAAAACUCCUGAAUGUGAUCAGGUGGAUAGAUUUUUGUUCACGGUGCUCAAAGCAUCGAAGAAUCAUGUCGUCACAGUGACUCGUCAGGUUCAUCUGAAUAAUCCACAGAUCUCUCGGGGGAAAUAGUUCCUGUGAAAACUGUUGAUGGGGAAGUCAGUGGAUUAUCUACAAGUGUGAAAGACCUUUUUUUUUUUUUUUUUAAAUUGGCUGCUGUGAAAGAUCAAAGAUCCAAAACUGAGUCAUGUGAUUUUUGUAAAUAGGAUCUUAUGAAGACCCGUCAACUGUUUUUACGAUGUUAUUAAAAAGCACAGCGUGCUUCAUGUUGGCA